CCUCUGCCGCCCCGGGUUCGCGGCUGUGCGGCCAGCUCGCUGCGCCCACCGUGCCCGCCGUGCCCGCGCCGCUGCCGCUGCCCGACGCGGGAGACGCCCUGCGGAGCCCACGCCCCGGAGCCACAUCGUUGCCCUGGUCCACGCUGCCCGCCGGCGCCAUGAGCUGCACCCUGAACGGCCUCAUCCCCUUGGGGCUGCUGCUCCUGGUGUGCGGAGCCCAAGGCUUUUUCCUGCCCAACAUCACCCACUUGGAGAAGCUGCUCAGCAAGUACCAGCAGGACGCGCCGCCCUCGCGGGUCCGGAGGGCCAUUCCCAGGUCGGACAAGGAGGAGAUUCUCAUGCUGCACAACAAACUCCGGGGCCAGGUGUACCCCCCGGCCUCCAACAUGGAGUACAUGACCUGGGAUGAGGAGCUGGAGCGGUCGGCAGCGGCGUGGGCUCACGAGUGUAUCUGGGAACACGGGCCCACCAGUCUGCUGGUGUCCAUUGGGCAGAACCUGGGCGUCCACUGGGGCAGGUACCGCUCCCCCGGCUUCCACGUUCAGGCCUGGUACGACGAGGUGAAGGACUACACGUACCCCUACCCCCACGAGUGCAGCCCCUGGUGCCCGGAGAGGUGCUCCGGGGCCAUGUGCACCCACUACACGCAGAUGGUCUGGGCCACCACGAACAAGGUUGGCUGCGCCGUGAACACCUGCCGGAGGAUCAACGUCUGGGGAGAUGUGUGGGAGAACGCCGUCUACCUCGUGUGCAACUACUCUCCAAAGGGGAACUGGAUUGGCGAAGCCCCCUACAAAACCGGCCGGCCCUGCUCCGAGUGCCCGCCCAGCUACGGGGGCGGCUGCAAGAACAACCUGUGUUACCGAGAUUUCUGCAUCUCUCCUCUAGCCCAAGUUGUCAGGUGUGACACCAAGAUGAAAGACAAGUGCAAAGGAUCCACGUGCAACAGGUACGAGUGCCCGGCGGGCUGCCUGAACAGCAAGGCGCAGGUGUUCGGGACUCUCUUUUACGAAAGCUCGUCCAGCAUAUGCCGGGCCGCCAUUCACUACGGGGUCCUGGACAGCAAAGGUGGCCUGGUGGACGUCACCAGGAACGGGAAGGUCCCCUUCUUCGUCAGGUCUGAGAGGAAUGGCGUGGAGUCUCUGAGCAAGUACAAGCCUUCCAGCUCGUUCAUGGUGUCAAAAGUAAAAGUGCAGGACUUGGACUGCUACACCACCGUUGCUCAGCUCUGCCCCUUCGAGAAGCCGGGGACCCACUGCCCAAGAGUUCACUGUCGGGCACACUGCAAAGAUGAACCGUCCUACUGGGCUCCUGUGUUUGGAACGAACAUCUACGCAGACACUUCAAGCAUCUGUAAGACGGCCGUGCACGCGGGAGUCCUCCGGGACGAGAGCGGGGGUUACGUGGAUGUGAUGCCCGUGGACAAAAAGAAGGCCUACGUGGGCUCGCUCAGGAACGGAGUUCAGUCUGAAAGCCUGAGGACCCCCCGAGAUGGAAAGGCCUUCCGGAUCUUUGCCGUCAGGCAGUGAAGUUCCAGUGCCGGCGAGAAGGGGGGUGUCUUCAAGAGGGCUUCAGGGUUUUGCUUUUUAUUUUUAUUUUUAUUUUGUCGUAUUCGGGGGGGUGGGCUGGGAGUAGAGAGAGACGGGAAACUUCCUUUCGGUGGUGUUCAGCGUCACACCCUUCGUGCCUUUGUCUCAAGCCGUGCAGAGAAACGGCGCCUUUGGGGUCCCGGCCGGACGGCUGGUGGCCAGUCCCACUGAGGCCGGGGUCUCGGUCUGAGCGCCCCCUCUGCACGGACAGUCACCAAGGUGCUCCUUCCCAGUGCUCCUCGGCGGGCGGGGGGAAGGUUCCAGGCCUGGGGAUGUGUCAGGACUCGGUGCUCCCGCCGGGGGGCAGGGGCGGGGCAGGGCGGGGCGGGGGCUCUCGACCAUCCAGAGGGUUUCGGGAAGGGAGUAGAAGGCGGUUAUUUAAAAACUUUGAAAACACAGUCCGUCCCCACCAAUGGAGGGAAAUGGGUUUAACGUUUGCUGGUCAGACACAUGGGCUGGAACAGGGGGCCGGGGGGCCCCCCGUCCUCGCCAGCACCCUGCCCCCCGCAGGCUGGUUCUGUGGACCGCAGGCCUGGCUUAGUUUGUGUUGCGCGGUCACCCCCAGAGACUUCUCUCGUCUUCGUCGUCCCCUUCGUCCGCGUGGCCCGUCUGUCUGCUGCCGUGACCUUUGGCCUCCUUGAGGACAAAUGAACCAGGAUCCUUUCUUUGCCACCCCCCCCACGUGGCCUUCACCCCCGCCCCCCCAGACUGGUUUAUGCACCGUAUCUCCCACAGGGGACUUUGCUUUGUGAGCCAUUCUGCGGGCAGCCCCACUUCUUAAUUUUUUUUUAAAAGAACUCUUAGCGUCUGUCGGUUCCGCUGUUCCGUUGCUGCUUUGAAAAAAUGUCAGAUGUGCAGAGUCCCCGUCCGUGGGGUGACCUCGUUUCUCAGCGGCGGGAGGAAUGGCUCCCUCGGUACAUUCCUCGCCUAGGUUAGCAGCUCUGGGAAGGGGGGCAGCGUGUGGUUACAAAACCGUCCCGCGGCGUAACCACAGGAGCGACGGCCGCGCCGUAGAAGGAUCUCCCUUCCUGUUUUUGUGGGACGGCCCUUGCCAGACGCCCCUCCGGCUCUGAGGAGCGCGAUGCUCUCUGGCUUCCACUUUACAAAAGUCCUUCUCAAGCCCAGACCCAAAAACCCACAGAAAAAAGAAAACACCCUCUCGCAAAUAGCGGCUCUUUGCAGAAGGUAACAUUCCAGCCCCCGCCAGCAGGCUGGCCAGCGGGUCGCUUCUGUGAACACCGGUUUUCAAAUUUGAUUUCACUCUCCAUCAGAAUAUUUGAAAGGCAGGGGAACUCGCAGGCAGGUGUUUUGGUGUGUGUGUGCGUGUGCGUGUGCAUGUGUGUUUAAAGCAAAGCUAAGAUGGUCUGUACGUCUCCCUGGGGAAGUUCGCUGGCGGGUUGCCAAGUGCAUGCAUCCCCACUAAAUUCACAACGUGGAGGUAGACGGCCUCCCUCCGCCUUGAGGGAGUUGGCCAAGCGGUGAAGCUCUGAGCGCACAGAGCUGAAAUUAGCUGCGUCCCCCGCUCUGUGCCUUGUGGGCUUGUAGGAAUUCGUAGGUUUUGACUACUCUGCCCCGAAUGUCAGAGCACAAGAAUUUGGUCAGCUUGUCAGGUCCGUGUCUGGUUACAGCCAAAGCUCUGAGUACUUGGAAACUUGUGGAUUCUCGGUGUGGCGCUGCUGGACUCGGUCUCCAUCAGACUUUGCUCUGGAACCCGCCGCGGGGGCCGUGGGUUGGCCAAGACUCCGGGCUUGGUGGACGUCGAGUCGGCCCACGGGUGUUCCGAGGGGGCGGCUGUGGAGACAUCCUGCCCAAGGGAGAAUCUGAAACUUCCGGAGCUAGUCGACGCCUGGUUCCCGAAUGUCUCUUGAAGCGGCCCGUCUAACAGGAUCAGCGGUCCCCGCCCGGGGCCAGAACUUGUCCGUCCCGUCCCGCGCUCACAGACGUUUUGAAACUGGAGCCAUUUUUCCCCUGAAAAUGCAAACAGGGGUCCAAGGGCGAGGCCCCUGUAGUCAGGGGCCGCCUCUAAUUUUGUAUGUUAACAGCACCCGUUGCCCCGUGGGCCACAGACCCACAAAAAGACGACAGAUCAGGUCAGCAGUGUUUCAGGGGCCCCUGCCCCCCAAAACGAAAAGCUCUCGUUUCCUUCGGAUUUUUGCCCCAUUGUGUUUCUGAGUUUUUAUAUCGUCUGUAGGCUCACUCAGCCCGCAGCUUACAUAUGUGCUUUUUUCUAUGAAAAAUGAUGUAUUUUACUACUUCCUGUGUACAAAGGUUAUUGUAAAGUGUGUGUGUGUGUGCUUUGCAUGAACAGGGACCACGUUGCUGUUGUUUCAAUAAAACUGGGUUCAUUUCUCACGUGUCCCUGUGACGUGUCUCUUCUUGGACAAAUCUGGACAGUUUGUGAAAUAAAACGCUGAAAACCA